CAGGCUGAUUCAACUGUCAUGAUCUUAUCUCUUCAAUAAUCCCGAGAAAUGUCUUCAAGUUCAGAAAAAGAAACCUCAAAGACGCCAGAAACAGACUCGAGAGUGCGGCAGUUCCACACGCGCAGUCGAACAGGCUGUUCCAAUUGCCGGACCCGCCGAAAACGAUGUGACGAGCAGCGACCGCAAUGUUACAACUGUGUCAAGGGUCAGAGGACUUGUAUAUAUGCACCUCCGAAGAUCCCGCUGAGGGAACGAAGGGCCCAGCAGAAGGAAGCUCAUCCGUGGGAUCAAACGCCUUGGGAAGUUGAGCAGACGUCCAAGGAGAUGGCUUGUAUGAAGAAGACAAGUGUUCCUCUUCGAUUGAGCUGUUUGAACCAUGAUACGGGGUUUAACAAGUUGGCUGUUGCCAUGCCACUUAGAUCUCAUGAGUUAUUCCAAUAUUUGUUUGAAUCGAGUCGGACACCAAAGAUGACACCAAAGAUACCCGGAACAGAAUAUCUUGCGCGUAUGAUAGACAACCCUUGCGCACUGCGAAGCGCCAUCCUCAUGGCCGGGAUGCAUUUCUCAUUCCAAUUCGGCGACCUGUCCACGUUUGAGUCCACAUUCUUAUAUCAUAAAAUCGAGGUCAUGCGUGUCAUCAAUCGUUGGAUCGCAUCAGGAGACUACAAACUUGAAGCUGCGAUUAUUAGAGAAAUGGCAACGUUGGCUUUCACAGAGGCCUGUCAUGGAGAGCUUGUUGCUGCUGAGACUCAUAUAAGUGGCAUUCUGGCGCUGAUCGAAACAGCCCGACCUGAUAAAAGUGAUCCGACUACAUCUGAUUGCUGUUCCACUGACAGAGAACUAGCUAAUCGUUAUUUCGUCAUGUCUUAUGUCUACAUUACAGGCCUCAAAAGUUUACUUAGCGGCAUAUGCCGAACUGGAGGACAUGCCAGCAGUCUUGACGCUAUACCUGGCCGGAGCCUUCUCAAACUAUCACAUACAUGGCACAUGAGUGAAGCCAUGGAGAAUCUCGGCCUGAAACUCCAAGCUAUUCGUUUAUUCCCGUUCUUCUUCAGCCCCUUGCCCCAAGGAGCACGGCUCAACAAUGCAGACGGACAAGUCAUCAUUAACUCUCUACGGGAUUUUACGGCUGCGCAGGAUCAUAUGUUUAAAGACACAGGGAUAGAAACAGCAGAAGGAAAGUUCGAAGGUUUCUGGCGGAGAGGCCCUGCGUCGAGGGUAUUGGGAGAAUAUGUCAUGGCACAUAUUCAAUCCAUUUCUGUUCCAGGAAAGAAGGGGGAAAGUCCUGACAUUACCCCAUCGUCAUUCGUCGGACCCUGGUGCGGAAUGACCAUCGCCUCAGUCUUCUACAUGCAAGAUGUUCUCGGAGCAUUGGAGUAUGUUGACAAGCGCAUACAUAAAUACGCUGUUACGUUGCUGCAACACGAUGUCGCCAAGAUCCUUACCUCGGCGGACACACCAAAGAACGAGGCGUUUAUGCUAUGGCAGACAUUGCUCGGGCUUAUAGCCUCUUUGCGCGCCCUCAAGGACAAUGAUCAAGAUAGAGGGAUGUUAUCAGCCAGACAAUUCUUCCAAGAGGCUUUGAAGCAGCAGGCAACGACUUUGGGUAUCUCGACUUGGUCACAAGCAAAAGGGACGCUAAGGAGGGUAGCUUGGCCUAUGGGGAAUGCUAAUCGUGAAUUUAUAGAGGAGCUAUGGGAAAAGUCUGUUUCUAGGCCGCUCUCGGUUUAAUUACAAAGAGUCUAAUAUAUAUGUUCUAAAUAUAAGAUUAAUAAAUAAGCAAGGGGGCAAGAUAAAUAAAUUACAUAUAUAAUUACUAAG